GUCGGUUCUCCUCUAUUCGCAUGGCUUGUCGACUUUUGCACACUGUAUGUACGCCCAUAUUGUUCUACCCUGCGGUGAGAGCCAAGGCAGUGCAAGCUACCCGGCUAGAGAGUAUCACACUUAGACGAGUGGCCGAAGCGUGUUAUGCGGCCCAACAAGGCGGUCUGCGCCGUGACAGUCGUCCGGAUUCGGAUUAUGAGGCAUCGCACCAGCAGCAGCAUGUGGAUGAUGAUGACCGGACUCUACGCGCUUGCGCUUUGCGAGCGGUUAUCCGCACUGCCCAAACAGAAGCGCCGAUUUUACCGUGCGAUCACAGUUCCACAACCAUGAGUUCCAUCACCGGCGCCCGUACGCUGGCUGACACGCUCUCCCAUACCAAGGUACAGACUGACCUACCAAUAUCAGGACAUACCCAAUCACCUUUGUCACCUUGGCUCAGCUGGUCGCGCAACGUUUUGCUCGACGCUGCAGAAGAACCAACCGACUCUUGCAAAGAAGUCCCUAACUGUAAUAUUGCUGGGGAAAUUGUCACGUCGGGGUCACCAAUUUAG